GUACCUGGAAGGAAACCACUUGACAGCCGUGCCCGCGGAGCUGCCCAGCCUCCGACACCUGACCCUCGUUGACCUGAGCAACAACAGCAUUGGCAUGCUGACCAACUACACCUUCAGCAACAUGUCUCACCUCUCCACCCUGAUCCUGAGCUACAACCGGCUGCGGUGCAUCCCAGUCCACUCCUUCAACGGGCUGCGGUCCCUCCGAGUGCUAACCCUCCACGGCAACGACAUCUCCAGUGUUCCCGAAGGCUCCUUCAAUGACCUGACGUCUCUUUCCCAUCUGGCACUGGGAACCAACCCACUCCACUGUGACUGCAGCCUCCGUUGGCUGUCAGAGUGGGUGAAAGCUGGGUACAAGGAGCCUGGCAUCGCCCGCUGCAGUAGCCCUGAGCCCAUGGCUGACCGACUUCUGCUCACCACGCCCACCCACCGCUUCCAGUGCAAAGGGCCAGUGGACAUCAACAUCGUGGCCAAGUGCGACCCCUGCCUCUCCAGCCCGUGCAAGAACAACGGCACGUGCAGCCGGGACCCGGCCGAGUUGUACCGCUGCGCCUGCCCCCAUGGCUACAAGGGCAGACACUGCACCGUGCCCGUCAACACCUGCAUUCAGAACCCCUGUCUGCAUGGAGGCACCUGCCACUUGAGUGACACCCACAAGGGCGGGUUCAGCUGCUCCUGCCCUCUGGGCUUCGAGGGGCAGCGGUGUGAGAUCAACCCAGACGACUGUGAGGACAACGACUGCGAGAACAAUGCCACCUGUGUGGACGGGGUCAACAACUACGUGUGUGUGUGCCCGCCAAACUACACGGGUGAGCUGUGCGACGAGGUGAUUGACCACUGUGUGCCGGGGAUGAACCUCUGUCAGCAUGAGGCCAAGUGCAUCUCCCUGGACAGGGAAUUCAGUGUCUCCUCUCACCUCCCCCGUCCUCUCUCCAAUCGUCCUCUCUGCCUGCCCAGCGGGCUGCACUGUGAGCAGCCCCCGCCCAUGGUCCUGCUGCAGACCAGCCCCUGUGACCAGUACGAGUGCCAGAACGGGGCCCAGUGCAUUGUGGUGCGGCAGGAGCCCACCUGCCGCUGCCCCCCGGGCUUCGCCGGCCCACGCUGCGAGAAGCUCAUCACCGUCAACUUCGUGGGCAAGGACUCCUACGUGGAACUGGCCUCAGCCAAGGUCCGGCCCCAGGCCAACAUCUCUCUGCAGGUGGCCACGGACAAGGACAACGGCAUCCUCCUCUACAAGGGGGACAACGACCCCCUGGCGCUGGAGCUGUACCAGGGCCACGUGAGGCUCGUCUACGACAGCCUGAGCUCCCCGCCGACCACGGUGUACAGCGUGGAGACUGUGAAUGAUGGGCAGUUUCACAGCGUGGAGCUAGUGAUGCUAAACCAGACCCUGAACCUGGUGGUGGACAAAGGAGCCCCCAAAAGCCUGGGAAAGCUCCAGAAGCAGCCAGCAGUGAGCAUCAACAGUCCCCUCUACCUUGGAGGCAUCCCCACCUCCACCGGCCUCUCAGCCUUGCGCCAGGGCACGGACCGGCCACUGGGCGGCUUCCACGGCUGCAUCCACGAGGUGCGCAUCAACAAUGAGCUCCAGGACUUCAAGGCCCUCCCCCCACAGGCCCUGGGUGUCUCGCCGGGCUGCAAAUCCUGCAGCGUGUGCAGGCACGGCCUGUGCCGAGCCGUGGAGAAGGACAGCGUGGUGUGUGAGUGCCACCCGGGCUGGACUGGCCCACUGUGCGACCAGGAGGCCCGUGACCCCUGCCUCGGCCACAGCUGCAUCCAGGGGAAGUGUGUGGCAUCUGGAAGCUCCUACGUGUGCAGGUGCACUGAAGGCUAUGGAGGGGCCUUGUGUGACCAGAAGAAUGACUCCAGCAGCGCCUGCUCAACCUUCAAAUGUCACCAGGGACAGUGCCACAUCUCAGAUCGAGGGGAGCCCUACUGCCUGUGCCAGCCCGGCUUUAGUGGGGAGCACUGUGAACAAGAAACGCCUUGCCUGGGAGAGGUGGUCCGAGAGGUGAUCCGCCGCCAGAAGGGUUACGCAUCAUGUGCCACGGCCUCCAAGAUACCUGUCAUGGAGUGUCGUGGGGGCUGCGGGCCCCAGUGCUGCCAGCCCACCCGCAGCAAGCGGCGGAAGUACGUCUUUCAGUGCACAGAUGGCUCCUCGUUCGUGGAAGAGCUGGAGAGACACUUAGAGUGCGGCUGCCGCCCGUGUUCCUAAGGCCCCUGCACCCGCUCCGCCUCCUGGACUCCGGCCGGGUCGGGUGGGGAUGGCCACCAGGGGAUCCACCCGUGAGACCUGAAGGGAAGGAGUGGGAGCUGGAGAAGAAGCAAAAGAAGAAAAGAAUAUUAAGUAUAUUGUAAAAUAAACAAAAAAUAGAACUUAUUUUUAUUAUGGAAAGUGACUAUUUUCAUCUUUUAUUAUAUAAAUAUAUCAUACCGUCUGAGUAUAUGUACCAUAUAGUGAGUAAUUUUUACCAGAUUUUUUGUUCCAUGUUGUGUAAUUGUCAUGUUUUUAUAAACAGCUGUUAAAAGUUUUAAGGGAAAAAAAGAACGAAUAAAAGUUUUAAAACAAAAGGAUGAA